UCCUCCGGCCCGCUCCCAGAGAGAGAGAGAGAGAGAGAGAGAGAGAGAGAGAGAGACCACCUUCUCUUCCGCGUCCCCCUCCCACCACACGCGCGGACUUCCGAAUCAGUAGAGCACCAGGCUGGUGACGAGCAGCCCAGCUCCACUGCUGGAGCGGAGCCCCCAACCUCGCUGCGAGCUCCAAUGGCGAGUUCCACUUUCCUCGUCGCCCCCGCGCUGCUGCGCCCCCGCGGCGCCUCUCCACCCGCGGCCUGCGGCUGCUGCUGCUGCCGCAGUUGCUCCGCUCCGCGCGGGGGGCUCGUCCCGCGCCCGUCGGCUCGCGCCCCAAGCCGCCGCCUCAGCCCGCCAUCCCCGCACCCGGUGAGGUUGUGCGUCAGUGCUGGUGCUGGGUGGCCCGUGGUGCUCAGGGGAUCGAGCAACCGGGGGUUUGAGAAGGGUUUAAAUGUUGCAGCGACGGAUGCUGAAGCUUCUGGUCAAGUUGGUGAUGACGACGAGGAUAUGGUCCGUGUCACCAAUGAGGCACUUCGCGCCACCAUCCGCAAAAGCAAAGAAGUCUUGGCGAGGCACAAGAUUAUACUGGAGCAGUGUAUGCUUAUGUUGUAUUGUUUAUUGAUCUAUAUGAUGGUUUGGAUGAUGAUAUGUCGGCAACUUAUUCAGAUAUCAGAAAAGAAGAAGCUCAUCUCAGUUCUAGCGGAAAGUUCCAUUCAUAAUGAACAAGAGCCACAUAGUGGUCAGAGUGAUAGUUCCUUUUCAAACCUGAAUGCAGUAUCAGAGGGUGAAGAGUUUGACUUUGGCCGUCAAACAUACCUUGCUAAGCAUGCACAACAAUCUGAACUUGACACAACUUAUGGAGAAUCCAUCUAUGGUCAGAGUGAAUACUAUGAAAGUGUAGAAGACGAAGAUACUGAUUUUAAUGGAUCAUUUGGCGAGGACAACUAUGGGAAUUAUUAUCAGUAUGACAGUUUUCCUAGAGCUGCUCCCAGUGUAUAUCAACCAGAAGCUGCUAAUGGUAUGGAUCAUCAUAAUGCAGCACAAAUAAGUCAAACAAGUGAAAAAGACCAGUCAGUUAAUGAGGGAGCGAAUGGCAAUCCUGCUGCUUUGAGUGGCGUUGAUGUUAUGAAUGUCAUAUUGGUAGCCGCAGAGUGUGCUCCUUGGUCAAAAACAGGUGGGCUUGGGGAUGUUGCGGGAGCUUUGCCCAAGGCUUUGGCUAGGAGAGGUCAUCGUGUCAUGGUAGUAGUUCCAAAAUAUGGUGACUAUAAGGAACCACAAGAGAUAGGAGAGCCAAGGAGGUAUCAAGUCGCAGGGCAGGAUAUGGAGGUAAAGUAUUACCAUGCAUACGUAGAUGGUGUGGAUUUUGUUUUCAUCGACAAUCCUAUCUUCCACCACGUUGAGAGUGAAAUUUAUGGUGGAAACCGAACUGACAUCUUGAAACGAAUGAUUUUGUUGUGCAAAGCAGCUGUAGAGGUUCAAUGGUACGUUCCAUGUGGUGGUUUUUGCUAUGGUGAUGGAAAUCUUGUGUUCAUUGCAAACGAUUGGCAUACUGCAUUACUGCCUGUUUAUCUGAAGGCAUACUACCGCGACAAUGGUUUUAUGACAUAUGCCCGUUCUGUUCUUGUGAUACACAACAUAGCACAUCAGGGUCGUGGCCCAAUAGAUGACUUCAGUUACCUGGAUUUGCCAGGUCAUUAUAUGGAUCAGUUCAAACUCUAUGACCCAUUUGGAGGUGACCAUCUGAACAUUUUUGCAGCUGGUAUUAAAGCUGCUGACCGUUUGCUUACUGUUAGCCAUGGGUAUGCAUGGGAGCUCAAAACACCUGAUGGCGGUUGGGGCCUUCAUAGCAUCAUUGGUGAAAAUGAUUGGAAAUUCCAGGGUAUUGUAAAUGGUGUUGAUACAAACGAUUGGAAUCCCAGGCAUGAUGUCCACCUACAAUCUGAUGGGUACACCAACUAUUCUCUAGAAACGGUUCAGACAGGUAAAGCACAAUGUAAGGAAGCAUUGCAGAAAGAGCUUGGCCUCCCAGUUCGAGGUGAUGUUCCUGUCAUUGCUUUCAUAGGGCGGUUAGACCAUCAGAAAGGUGUAGACCUGAUAGCAGAAGCAAUGCCAUGGAUUGCUGGCCAAGAUGUACAGUUAAUUAUGCUGGGUACUGGAAGACAAGACCUUGAAGAUACAUUGAGGCGACUCGAGAGCCAGCAUUAUGACAGGGUUAGGGGCUGGGUCGGUUUUUCUGUCCGGUUGGCUCAUCGUAUGACUGCAGGGGCUGAUAUACUGUUAAUGCCAUCAAGGUUUGAGCCUUGUGGGCUGAACCAGCUAUAUGCCAUGAUGUAUGGUACUGUCCCAGUGGUUCAUGCGGUUGGAGGUCUCCGAGACACAGUCGAGCAUUAUAAUCCCUAUGAGGAGGUUGGAGUGGGUUGGACUUUUGAAAAGGCAGAGGCAAACAGAAUGAUUGAUGCACUAGGGCACUGCCUGAACACGUACAGAAAUUACAGGAGCAGUUGGGAAGGCAUCCAAAGGAGAGGCAUGAUGCAAGAUCUAAGCUGGGAUAAUGCUGCUAAACUUUAUGAGGAAGUUCUUGUUGCUGCCAAGUAUCAGUGGUGAAGUGAUGACCGCUGAGCUGUCCAAGAAGCUGUUGAUAGUUGAACCCAUUCGCAGACCAGAAGGGCAUUUUUCACUUUGCAGCCACUGAAUGGUUCGAUUCUAUUGGUGCUUCUGGCAGCUGUCUGCAUGCCUCAUCCUGAAUUUUGCAUUGCAUCAAAGGCAAAUUCUGGGUGUACCUCCUGACGAACGCAGCGAAGGAGGCUUUUCCUGGAAUGAGGCAAGUGGAGGAGAGAACAGGUUAAGUGGUGCGCACCAUGCAUUUUUAAGUGGCUUUCAGUUUUUUUCUGUCUACUGGGAUGAGCUCAGUGAGAUGCUUUCGUACAGGGGAGAAGCAGAGAGCAGAGAAAAUAUUGCUUCGUUUCUCAGAUAGUUUGUUGUAUUUCUAAUUAGGGCGCUUUUGUUCAGUUCUUCGUUUUUUCGUGCAUAUCCUGUAGAUGAUUUAGUCCGCCCCCCCCCCCCCCCC